GCGUCCUGCACAACUGCACUAAUUGCAAAUCCUGGAUCUCACUGGAAGCAAAGUCCCCCUGCUCGCAGGAGGGCUGCGAAGCUGCCGUUGCCGAUGUUCUCUCACCUUAAUUUCUGUGGCUCGGCUUUACCUGCAGCUGUACUGCGUGAGAGCCAAGCACCCGGCGCUCCCAUUCCCAGCGGUGCUGCCAGCUGCAGGUGCUCGAUACCUCUUGGGACUGGCAGGAAAGCAAGCAGUACUCCUAGCCGAAGGUCUGCUUCAUGCAGGCAGUUCCCGUGUUUUCUAACCCGCCCAGCAUGUACUUCAGAGGAUCUGAAGACGUUUAACUAGGCUUGGAAGUAGACUGCGUAAUGGAGUGUGAAAAAACAUUUUAGUCUGACCAUGUGCUCUAUAAUAUCAGAUCAAUCAGCCAUCUGGCUUGGGAAAAUGGAAUCAUCUUGAUUACCGAAGUGUGUGGAUCCCUCUGGGAGCUGCAGUUAGCUGCUGAGCGUCUCUGAAGAGUGCCCUGCUCUCCUCACGUGUCCUUCACAGCAGCUUGCUGACAAGUCUUGACACAAGACAGACACAAAUCAAUAGCGUGUUUUUAAAUGUUACUGAGAUGGAAUUUCAGGGAGCCUUCAUGUUAAUGUCAUUUGGCACUUACGUGGAAUAAACAGUAGACGAGGAAAAGCAGACUUGAAUUUGGCUCCAAGAGAGUGAUGCGAAUCCAGGCCCGGCACCUAUUCAGCUCCCCGAGCAUUAAGCAGAGUUCCCGAUCCUCUGAGGCAGCUGAGGAUGAAAAGGACCAGCGCACAGUGACAGUCAACCCCUCUCACAUGAGAAAGGCAUUCAAGGUCAUGAAUGAAUUACGGAGCAAGCGGCUCCUCUGCGAUGUGGUGAUUGUGGCUGAAACUGUGGAGAUGGAAGCCCACCGCGUGGUCCUUGCGGCCUGCAGCCCUUAUUUUUGUGCGAUGUUUACAGGAGACAUGUCUGAAAGUAAAGCCAAGAAGAUCGAGAUAAAAGAUGUUGACGGGCAGACGCUGAGGAAGCUGAUUGAUUACAUCUACACAGCCGAGAUAGAGGUCACGGAAGAGAACGUGCAGGUUUUGUUGCCAGCUGCUAGCUUAUUGCAGCUGAUGGAUGUUAGAAAAAACUGCUGUGACUUUCUUCAAUCCCAGCUGCAUCCCACGAACUGCCUUGGAAUUCGAGCUUUCGCAGAUGUGCAUGCGUGUACCGAGCUGCUGCAGCAGGCAAAUGCCUACGCAGAGCAGCACUUUCCUGAGGUGAUGCUAGGAGAAGAAUUUCUUAGCCUUAGUCUGGACCAGGUUUGCAGUUUAAUAUCAAGUGACAAGCUCACAGUCUCCUCUGAAGAAAAGGUCUUUGAAGCGGUUAUUUCUUGGAUAAAUUAUGAGAAGGAGUCUCGCUUAGAGCACAUGGCUAAACUGAUGGAGCAUGUUCGCCUGCCCCUUUUGCCCAGAGAUUAUCUUGUACAGACAGUUGAAGAAGAAGCUUUAAUCAAAAAUAACAACACGUGUAAAGACUUCCUUAUCGAGGCCAUGAAAUACCAUUUGCUUCCUCUGGAUCAAAGGCAAUUGAUCAAGAAUCCCAGAACGAAGCCAAGGACUCCUGUUAGCCUGCCAAAGGUGAUGAUUGUGGUGGGCGGGCAAGCGCCCAAAGCCAUUCGCAGUGUGGAGUGCUAUGAUUUUGAGGAGGAACGGUGGGAUCAGGUCGCUGAGCUUCCUUCCCGGAGAUGCAGAGCAGGUGUUGUAUUUAUGGCUGGCAAUGUUUAUGCUGUCGGGGGCUUUAACGGGUCGCUAAGGGUGCGCACGGUCGAUGUGUAUGACGGCGUGAAGGACCAGUGGACCUCCAUAGCCAGCAUGCAGGAAAGACGAAGCACUUUAGGCGCGGCUGUGCUCAACGAUCUCCUGUAUGCAGUGGGCGGCUUUGAUGGCAGCACAGGUCUGGCAUCAGUUGAGGCCUAUAGCUAUAAAACCAAUGAGUGGUUUUUUGUGGCUCCCAUGAACACAAGAAGAAGCAGUGUUGGAGUUGGAGUUGUGGAGGGUAAGCUCUAUGCCGUGGGCGGUUACGAUGGAGCAUCCCGUCAGUGCCUUAGUACCGUAGAGCAGUACAACCCUGCCACGAACGAAUGGACCUACGUAGCUGACAUGAGCACUCGGCGCAGUGGUGCAGGUGUUGGUGUUCUCAGCGGGCUGCUAUAUGCCACCGGGGGGCACGACGGUCCCCUAGUCAGGAAGAGCGUAGAAGUCUAUGAUCCAGGAACAAACACCUGGAAGCAAGUAGCAGACAUGAAUAUGUGUAGAAGAAAUGCAGGUGUGUGUGCAGUGAAUGGUCUCCUCUACGUGGUGGGAGGAGAUGAUGGUUCCUGCAACUUGGCCUCUGUGGAGUACUACAACCCCAUCACGGACAAGUGGACGCUACUGCCAACCAGCAUGAGCACGGGGAGGAGUUACGCAGGUGUGGCUGUGAUUCACAAACCAUUGUGACACACAAUGAAGCCAACGCGAGGAGCAGAAGUGAAGUGGAUCCAGCUAGGUGGUGUUGGGAAGAUGACUGAGCUCUGACUUGACCCAUCUCAUUGCUGUUACAGUCUUCGCAUGACAAGUGAUACAUUACAAACAUCAUCUGCUCUGCAGUGGAGUGCUUAGCAAAGUGAAAAUCCCUCUGGGGACGUGUUCCAUGCUAGACACGAGGUGUUGCUUGUUAUAUGUGGUGCAAUCAACUGUUUUUCUCAAGGGCUUGUGUCAUGAGAGAAAGACUGUGCUUUGAACUGCAGGCACUGAAUUUCUUGUGUGAAACAAAAUUGCUACGUUUGGGCAUGUGAGUAAAAAAUGAACACUUCUGGAUUUCUUCACUACUGAUGCUCCGUUCACAUUAUUGGUUGAACUAUUUGCUCACUGUGCCUGGAGGGUGGACUUUACUACUGACAGUGGAAACUUCUGAGUACCAACUGAGAAAAGCAGUCAGCAGAAACGGACUGGAACAGGGUGCUCUGGCUUGAGUGUGACGCUGUCUCAGUCAUAUGUUUGUGUAUGCCACUGGACUACUGUAUGUAUCCCUGAAAUACUUGUCGUAUGGUGGAAAUAAAUACCAUGUGAUUUUUCUACUUGCCAUGAAUGAUGUUUCCUGUACAUGCUGGGACCUCCUGGGCUCUGCCUUCUCUGGGGCUGACGUCUCAGCAACUCCACCACACAAAACAUCUCAACCCCAGAAAGUGUGCUGCUCUGACAUGGUUUAUUGCUCCUGUGAAACAAAUACUGCUUGAAUAGAAACUAUUCCUUACCCCCGUGUUUUCCUAGUGUCGCCAGCUGUGCUGAAAGCCCCAGUUCUAACUCUGUCCAGCAUUUCAAUGCCAUUUCAUAAUAGAGCAUUUAUGUGUCAAAAGAAAUAUCUUGCGGUGCCAUUAAUGUAGACACCACAUGCUCUGCCUCCCAAGUACUGAUUAAUGAGCAAGGUAAAGUACCUGCAAUGUCUUAAUGCUUCCAGAGUAUGGAGAUUUCACUAAUCGCUGUCAUUGUAACUGGUAUUUUAAUCUUGCUUGUACUGAAGGUGUUCUGUUAGUACAUAGAUUUUAUAAGAUUACUCAAAACAGAAAAAUCUAGAUCCAGCUAUGUUGUAGUUGUCUUGUUUACAUCCUGAAUUCUUAGCCUUCUGUCUGAGAGGAUAUUUGGCUUUCAAGUACCUUUGUUUGACUCCUUGUGAGCUCUGACAUGCUUCUGCAUACAGCAGUGGACUCCCAGAAUAUUCCCCAGCUAAAGGGAACUGAUGAAGAAAACUGUUUUCCCUUUUUUUUUCCUUUUUUUUCCUGCUUUCCCAGCUCACUUAACUUUGAUUUAUAUUGCCUUUUGUGAGGGCUUAUCUCACUCUUUCUCCCUGUAGACCAGCUGAGGCUUUCUGUCAUGGGCAUCUGGCCUGCAGAACCGUAUCCGCCUGUGUUACUGUCAAGCUCCAGCACUUACCACUUUUCUUCUCCUGGUUUAUUUCUCCGUGGAUCUCCUGUCAAAAACACUCGAGGCAACCUUCUGCACUAGAAAAGAAAAAUACUUAAAAAUUGAUUUCAGAGGGAUCUAAGGCUAAAUCAUCUUGUGCAGCUUUAGUAGGGCUGUACAUUAGUUCUGUAAAUAAGAACGCUUUUAGUGUUUGAGUUGACAUGGUCCUUGUAACAUGGGUGCCUGCUCACUUUGGGGUAAGCGGCACUUGCUUUUGUUGCUUCAUGUCCCACAGAGGGGGGCUGAUCAGGAGGAGUGUUAGCUAGUACCUGUUCCUCUUUGGAUGCUCUUAUUUUUGCAAACAAAAGCAAACUGUCCAAAGGAAUGGCAGUAUUAUUCUUGGGAUCUACCCUUCCUCUGUAUGUCAGGUCAGAGGUCUUGAAAAUAAUAAUGAAAAAUUAAUCUUUCCUGUAAUACCUUUUAAGCCUCUUGCAUUGGGUUCUAUGAUCUGCAGUGAAAUGUGCCAAAAUGGUAGUAUAACGUGCUGCUCUCUUACGGUGGUUGGUCUUACUGUAAAAGCUAUUGAGGUUGGUAGGAAUGUAACCAAGACGAGCUGGUCAGAUCGGAGUCCUGAGGUGCAUCUUUACAGUGAUGUAAGCGAGAUGAUGCCAUGCUUGGGACUGACUGAAAUUUGCUACCCCAAAAGCUGGUUGGCAGGUGUUUCCCUUUCCUGCAGCUUGUGGGAAUGAGAUAAAAUGGGAUAGGCAGAGCGUUUUGGUCUGAGUUAGCAUCUCUCAUUUGACUGGGAUAAGUAUACCCUGAUACACAUUUCUUUAUAAACCUUUCUUGCUUAUAAGGGAAACAGUUUUCGGUGUCUUUCUGCUAUUGUAAAAUGGCAUUUAGUCACGCUGGUGGCCAAGACCUGUGGCUUGCUGGACAGGGCUAGGACUCAGCACUGGUCAUCUAUCGCUGAUGGUGAUCCUGGCCGUGGCCAUUCCUUCUCUACAGCAGACACGUUGCUUUCUUUUCCUUCUCAAAUGUUGCAGUGUUAUGCAAGUCAAGUGACCUCGUUUUCCAGCUAUGCAAUACGAACAAUUGUAACACAUGACGAACCAGCUGUAUCCCCUCCCCGUGAGAUGCUUUUUGAAUUUGUCUGUCUUUGGUGUGUUGUUCCUUGUUUGUAUCAUUCGUUCUGAGCACCUGAGCCAGGUCCUUUAAAGACUGCCUUUUUCUAGGACUGAAAACGUAGCAUUAGUGCUAACAAAUUUUACUGUAAAUAUUUUUAUAAGAAUUUUAAAUAAUUUUUGGAUUGCUUUUUAUGGUCAUCAAUGACGUUUAUGUUAAAUUCUGGAUCUAAUUCUUACACUCCUGUGCGGUUUUUGCUGGCCAUGACGUAGGUGUGAAUUUGUAUGUUUUCUGCACAAGCAAUUAAAUGUUGUAAGCAGGGUCUGGGACUGCUCUUACGUUGAUUCUGACGUAGUAGAAGGACAGCAUCGGGCUCAACAUUAUGAAAUAAAUUAAAAUCCGUUACCUCAGUCACCACUAUGCUCUUAGAUUAUUAGCUUGUUUCAAACCAAUUUCGAUAAUUUAUUUUUCUGCUGCUGUGUGUUUGCUUUCUGGGCAGCUUGGUGGCCAAGCUGUCUCUCGGUGGUUUCGUUUCUCAUCUCUGUGUGAGCACGGUGUUGCUUGAGGAUGGAGGAUGUGAUGCACAACACAACGACACAGGUUGCCAAAAAUACUGGAAUUAUUGCAGGUUUUGUAAAAGCUUUAAAACUGAAUUCAGGCUGCUUCCUCCCAACGGUCCUUUUUGAGUUUGAAGGCUUUCCUCAGCACUGGUCUGGUGUUGGCUCUUUUUGGGGUCACCACGUGCUGCCCCCCUGCGGGAUUGUGGCCUUGGGUUUCCACAAGGGGGCUUUGCUCUUCUGGCGAAAGCAUCUCCAGGGAUGUGCACCCACAGAACCCGACAGCACCACUUGUGGGUACGCGCUUGUGAAGAGGCUCACACGCGGCUGGUUUGCAAAACAGUCAAGCAUAUGUAAAGCAGGAUAUAUUUGCCUCAAGCAAUCUGUUGUUUAAACAAGUUUGAAUCAAGUCCAUCUUUUCCAUUUGUGCCUAAUAGAUAAAUUGGGGGUGAUUAAAACCAAUUUCCAGUUCAUUCAGUUUUUCCAAAUACUUUUUUUGUACAGAUGUGUACAGCACUGUAAUUACCAUAAAUAUACUUGGCGGCAUUUGCAUGACAACACCACGAAAGCUUAAUACUGUUCUCUUGUUUGCAAUGUUUGGAGACAAAAAUCCUUAAUAUCUAGUGAUGUGUGAUGCCUAAUUCAUCAAGCUAACAUGAUGGUUCCGCAGAUAAAUGCAGCUUGUUUUUAGCCUGUGGGAUUCGUUGCUAAUAAAAUGUUGUACCGGAGCAGUUGCCCCCUUGGCUUGGCAUUGUGCUCAUAAAUAACAUCCACGUACCCAUAAUCAGUUGCUCAAAGCUACAGCGUUUGGGAGGAUGUUAGACAUCGUAGUCUGGAAAUGAAUGAAUUCAUUUUUUUUGCCCUCUGCCUUUAUCUUUAUUUCUGGGUUUAUAAAUUUUCCUCUACAGUGACAAUAAAUAAAUAUGGAGAGUUUUAACUUGUA